AUGCCUUGGUGUCAGAAGCGUUGGCAACACUCACGUGAUAAAUUCCGCAAGACCUAUAAGUCCUACGGUUGGGAGGUUGCACAGGUCUCCAGGGCACUGAGGGAGACCAACAUACCCUCCCAAUUUCUAAUGCCUCGUGAUUUUCCCAGUACUCCUGAGAAUUAUCUGAGUUUCUACUCAUCUGUUGCCACCACUGCCGCCUUUUUGAUCCAGUCAGAGGAGUUUUCCACUAGCCAAAAUGGAGAUUAUAGUCUAAAUAACUCACAGGUUAUGUCAUACCCUGUGAGUAUGCCCAUAGAUCCUCUAAGUGAAGAAGUGGCUUUGUUGGUGAAUUUCUUGCUGCUCAAGUAUCAAAUGAAACAGCCAGUAACAAAAGCUGAUAUGAUGAAUGUUGCCAUCUACAAGUGUGAAGUCCGUUUCCAUGAGAUCCUCCAGAGAGCCUCUGAGUGCAUGGGAAUGCUCUUUGGCCUUGAUCUGAAGGAAGUGGAUCCCAUCAACCACUGCUAUGGCCUUUUCAUUAAAUUGGGCCUCACCUAUGAUGGCAUGAUGCAUGGUGAAGCAGGCGUGCCCAAGACCGGCAUCCUGAUACUUAUCCUGGGUGUGAUCUUCAUGAAGGGCAACUGCGCCACCGAAGAUGAAGUCUGGGAGGUUCUGAAUGUGACCAGUAUGUGUUCUGGAAGGAAGUACUUCUUCUUUGGGGAGCUCAAGCAACUCAUCACCCAAGAUUUUGUGAGGGAAGGAUACCUAGAGUUCGAGCAGGUGGCCAGCGCUGGUCCUGUGCAGUCUGUGUUCCUGUGGGGCCCCAGAGCUCAUGCUGAAACAACCAAGAUGAAGAUCCUGGAGUUUCUGGCCGAGGUUAAUGGGACUGACCCAAGUUAUUUCCUAUCUCAGUAUGAGGAGGCUUUGCAAGAUGAAAACGAGAACGCUCAGGCCAGAGUUUCAGACGAUUGUAUCUGCUACUGCAAGUUCUAA